GGGGGGGGGGGGGGGGGGGGGGGGGGGGGGGGGUAAGAAAGGGAAGAGGUUUUGGGGAAAUGGAGCCUGCAGGCUUUGGGUCGAGCGGAGGAGGAGAUUUCGUUGUUGGAUGCCGCUUGUCCGUGAAGACCACUCUUGGAGAGGAAUUCGAGGGGGAGGUGCUCACGUUCGAUAGGAUUACAAAUUGUGUGGUCCUUCAAGAAUCAAUGGGGCCGGGAUCGGGGCGGAACUUGCGAUUCCUCAAGGCGAACUUCAUAAAGGAGUUCAGCUUGCUAGGGCAAUCAGAAGAGCAGACGGAUUUUCGAAACACGUACAUCGAUGCGGAUGUCUGCCGACAGCGCGAAGAUGCGGCAAUCAGGCAAGCAGAGGCAGAUGCAGAGAGGAUCGGGAUCGCGGUGUCGGAAGAAGGCCAAUAUAUUUUUGACGCGUUAUCCAAAACCUUACCUGUUAGAUGGGACAAGACAGCCAUUGUGGUGAUGGACGAUGUGCGGAUCACGGACCCGUACAGAAGGGAGAAUUGCUCUGGCGGUCCACUUGCAACCCUCGAACGUGUGCAGAAAGUGCUCGAUUUCGAACGACAAAGACUGCAAUCGAGGGUAUCUUGAAGCCAAAGCUUUUAGGUUUAGGGCAAGGAGGGCAUGCUAUGUUGAAUCCAGCUUAUAGGUUUUAGGUUUUAGGGUUUGUUUGAAGGGUGCAUCAUCGUGGUUGUAGAAUGGAUGAUGCUGACUGAUGAUUGGUUGGUUGGUUGGUUGCCUACCAGGCUGGAGUCCCAACAUGUACCUCCUCCCGUCCCCUCUCUUGCUUCCUGCCCCCCCCCCCUCUUUUAUCCUCCCUCCUGCUUUGCAAGCAGCCUUGUUGGCAGUUGGAUGGGGGUUAUUGAAGGAAUGCUAUGAUUCUCUUGUUGAGUACAGGCGUUCUCUUGUUGCUACACCUAUCCUAUUAUGAAUCUGACGGCCUUUCUCUUCAUGGACACAUCAAAUUAUUCUUAUGAUCUUUAACCUCUUCUUAUGAUGUUUGACCUCUUGUUAUAAUGUUUAACCUCUGUGUGGUGGGGAAGAGAUUUGUUUUGAAACAUGGUUGGGGAGAUUUAUUUUAGCCUCCAUGUCUGUCCGAUGUGGGCUACGGAUGA